UAUUCCGCAACUCUUAUUUCACUUGUUUCCCAAAAUGAGUAAAUUUCCACAGUUCCAUGUAGAUAUUUUUAUUGCUUGACAAGCUUCCUCUGGAUAUAAUAGUGGUCUUCGGUCUUCUCCUUCAGCAAACGUACAUCCUCAGCUCGAAAGAGCAACUGUACGUGUAUCUUCCCUCUCCUACAAAUCAAGUACUCAACGCUCAUCAGGCUCUACUUAACCACAAGCUUCUCAUUUCAUACAAUUCCAUAAAAAUGGAGAACCAAACCCAUCCCUUAUGGCGCGUGCGAUUAGCCGCUGCUCUCCGAACCGCCUUAGCCUGCACCAUAGUCGGCUGUGCCACCCUCUACAGCCCGAAACCUAUCCGCAAUUUCUUAACGUACCCAUCUUAUUCUUACAUGACAACAAUCCUUAUAGUCUCGGACGCAACCCUCGGCCAGACCCUUAUGAGCUGUUGGCACGUGGUCUACGCCACGUGCCAGAUGAUGGCUUCUUCCGUGUUGGUCCUGUGGCUGGUUGGACCAGCACGGUUCACUAACGAGGUGGCGGCCGCGGCCAUGGCCGUCAGCGUGUUUGUGGUGGCGCUGCCGGGGUCGACGCACUUGAUGUCCAAGAGGAUCGCGUUUGGGCAGUUUGUGAAUGUUUACGUGGGUACUGUUGUUUAUGGUGCUAAUACUCGGAUCGUCGUGCACCCAACUCAGGUGGCGGCGAGUACGGCACUUGGAGCUUUGGCUUCUGUUCUUGCUAUGAUGUUUCCAUAUCCUCGGCUAGCUUACUAUGAGGUUAAGAAUUCAUGGCGUCUUUAUGCUGAAAAUGCUUCCCAGAGGUUAACUCAAUUCGUCGAAGCAAUAUCUGCCCAAGACAAUAGAGUAGCACUUGAAUCCAUUUCUAAAGGAAAAUCUCUUUCCAAAGGAGCAGCUAAGCUUCUUCAAAGUAUCAAUCAUAAUCUGGAAGGUAUGUUGUGGGAGAGACCAGAUAUCAAAUUUCUAAGACCAAACCAUAGGGAAUUGGGACAUAAGUUGCAAGAAAUGGAGAUACCAAUUAAGGGGAUGGAGAUGGCUUUAUCUUCGUGUUCUUCCUUUCCUGUUGAUAUGAUCGACGAAGGGCUGAGAGAUCAUUUACGUAACUCACAGCUACAGAUAAGCCUAAAACUACUGCAAUCUAAGUACUCUGUGCCUUCGGAGGCAACAACAGUUCCAGAAGGUCAGACAGAAAUCUUUGACAAGCCCCUUUGGACUAACAAAACCAGCACCACAACCCAUCAAGAUCUCCCAGCUUUGUUCUUCUUGUACUGCAUGGAACUCCUCUUAGGUGACUUCCCUAUUGCUUGGAAUCCCGGAAACACUCCAAAAUGCAAAGAUAAAAGAGGUGAUUCACAGACUCAAGCACAGUGUAUCUGCAAAAGGGUCUGGAGAAGCAUUAGGCCAAGCCUCGGGAAUUUUAUUUUUGCCCUCAAGUGCUCAAUCGCAUUAGGGUUUGCUGUGUUACUUGGUUUGAUUUACAACAAGGAGCAAGGUUACUGGUCGGGCCUCACCAUCGCCAUCAGCUUCAUAACAGGACGACAAGCGACAUUUACAGUUGCGAAUGCUAGAGCACAAGGAACAGCACUGGGAUCAGUCUAUGGAAUCAUAUUUUUAUUUCUUUUUCAAAAAGUCGACCAGCUAAGGCUCUUACCGAUCUUACCUUGGAUUGUUUUCACUCAUUUUCUUAGGCAUAGCAAGAUGUAUGGCCCAGCUGGUGGGAUCUCAGCGGCAAUUGGGGCGUUGCUAAUCUUAGGUAGAGAAAACUAUGGUCAACCAAGUGCCUUUGCAAUUGCAAGAAUUGCAGAGGCUUGCAUUGGACUGACCUGUUUCACUUUAGUAGAGGUUAUUUUUUAUCCUAUGAGAGCAGCGACCCUAGCGAAAAAUCAAUUUUCGCAAAGCUUGGGGGCACUUGGAGAUUGCGUCCAAGGCAUAAACCUCUGUGUACCAGCUUCUACUGGACUGAGAGAAAAGCACAGGAAGCUAAAAUCUCAUGUCAAAAAACUGGAGACCUUCAUUGAAGAAGCUGAAACGGAGCCUAACUUCUGGUUCUUGCCCUUUCAAGGUGAUUGUUACAAUAGGAUCCUAGGAUCCAUGUCGAAAAUGGUGGAUCUUCUACCCUUUGUGGCCCACAACAUAGACUUCAUCUCACAGAAAUCUGAAGGUGCUUCACAGGAGCUAAAACACCAUAUGAAUACUGAUCUGGCGCUUCUAAAAGUGAAGAUCGGGUCUUCACUAAAAUGCCUUGAGCAGGUGAUUUCGAUGAAAUCCCUUGCAGCGUUUGAGAAAGAGGCGCAGAGCGAAUACGAUAGCGAAAUGGGCAUAUCACCAAACCCGUUUAUGAUUUUGGGUACAUGUGAUGAAGAGGCUGACGCCAUGGUAAGUAAUUUCCUUCAUCAUAUCAAAGAAGCAGUUGAGAGAGUACAUAACAGGGAUGGUGAAGUGAAGGAUGUGAGCCAAAUGGUUCUUUGUUUGAGUAGCCUGGGAUUCUGCAUCCGGAGUUUGACAGAAGAAACUAUGAAGAUCAAGGAAGAAGUAAGAAAACUUGUCGAAUGAGAGAGUCCUAAGAGAUGUGUUUCAUUGACAAUAUAUCUAACCCACUGGCAGAUAGAUACUAAUAAAUCUGUCAAUCUCUCUUUUUAUCUAUCAGAUUUGUUAUAUCUUUCAUUCUUUCAUGUAGAUCAGUUUACCAUCCCCAGCACAAGUUGUAAUUGGGAAAGUUUAUAUAUAAAAUAAUGAAAUUAAUAACCCUUCUGAAUACCCGCCAACCGGUUUUUUCUUUUCCAUGCAUUAUUUUUUAUUGGGUUUAAGUCACCUCUGAUCCUCCCGGUUCAUCUAUCCCAACUUUGAAACUCCUUUGAAUAAGUUCUUUUGCAAUUUCUAAGAACGCCACAGCAAAUCACAAUGGCAAGACAAGACAGAACUAACAUCUUAUCAAACAGUAUAACCAAAUUCAAAUAUAAACACAGCCAAUAUCCAUUAGUAUCAACGCAAAAGUGCUGCAAACUUUUUAUGAAAGCAGAAAUUAUAAGUGAAUAAAAAUCACAUGUCUAUAAUGGCGAACAUUCAUAUUGCAUAAUAACGCCUUUAACUAAAUUAAGUUGUAUCCAUUGUGAAACCACUCAUACUACAAAAGUAAUAGGACAUCUC